GAAGUGUCUUGGGGGACGCUCCUCUCUCUCUCCACCCCCUUCCUUCUCUUUUUAGACACUGUGAAUCUUGGAGGAGUUGCACAACUCACAGACAUUCCACAUAUCAGUGUUUGCCCACUGAGAGAGCCAAAGUUGAGUGAGAUAAAUGCUCUGCAGAAAACACUGAUUUAAUUAUCUGGCCUGCCUGUGUUCUACUUAAUCUGUUCAUCUAAGCAAAAACAGUUUUUAACGCAGUAAAAAUUAUCACAGCCUUCCUCUCUCUCCCUGUUUCUCUCUCUCUCUCUCUCUCUCUCUCUCUCUCUCUCUCUCUCUCUCUCCCUUCCCCUCCUCCCUCCCUUUUCAAAUUCCCAAACAAGUCUGAACAGAUUGACACUUAUCUUCCUCCACUGCUCCUCCUCUUUUUCUUUUCACUUUUACGGUCCUGAACUGUCUUGAGUCGUAAUGUAAACGUCUGUUUUAAGCUGGAUUCCUUCACGUCUUACGAACUCAGUAGAGCCACAGUGAGUGCGUUACAGCUAGUUCCAGUAAUCCACCCCUUCACUCCCCUCUCCCUCACUAGCACUGCAUGCUUCUGCUUACAGAAAUAGGAAGUACACAGUCUGGGCGUCUCAAUUCAAUUCAAUUGUGUCUGGGUGUUUCUCUGCUGUGUUGUGACUGGUAGGUUUGGAGAUGCUGGGUGUGUCUGUUUUCUCAGGUGCAUCUUCUGUCAUGUUGCAGUCUUUGAGAAUAAUCACUCCACUGUUCUUACUGCUUGUUGGAGUACAAGCGAAAGACAACACUGAUAACUGCAAGCUGAUUUUAGAGAGUGAAUCGGAGAGAAAAGUACUUCACUUAUUGGAGCCCCUGACCAAACAGAACUUCACCGUGGAUGCUAAAGACAAGGAAAAAAAAUACUCCUACAUUUUUCAGGUGUGUGGUGACGCAGACGGAAUGAAGAAUGCAGGCCUUGUACAGAGGGAUGAAGUCAAUGGAAAACAGACCCCAGUUGGGCACUACAAUCAGACUCGAGCUAUUGGAGGAAGUGACUGGGUUCUGCUUAUCUAUGAGGGGGGAGAAAAGUAUGAUAGUCACUGUUCAAAAGAACCACGAAAAGCGAUGAUUAUGAUUUCUUGCAGUAAAACCGCUACUAAGAGUACAUUUAAAGUGGUUCUGGAGGACAGGGAGCGGCAACAGGACUGUUUUUACCUUUUUGAGCUGGACACCAGCGUAAUCUGCCCGGUAACUCCAUCUAAACUCAGUGCUGGCUCCAUACUGCUCAUUUUUGCAUUCUGCUGCCUUGCCCUGUAUCUCACUGGUGGGUUCCUCUAUCAGCGUCUGGUGGUUGGGGCCAAGGGAGUUGAACAGUUCCCCAACUAUGCAUUUUGGUCCAAGAUCGGCAACUUAAGUGCUGAUGGAUGUGAUUUUGUGUGUCGUUCCCAUGGCAAUAGAGAAGAACCACCCACAUAUCGAGGUGUGGCUACUGAACCUCUUGGGGAGGAGCCAGAGGAAAGAGAUGACCAUUUACUUCCCAUGUGACCAAAUUAAAACAACCAAUGAGAAGAGGCUGGACAGUUUCUGGAACCCAAAGAGGAAUGUUUAGUUCAUGCCUGUUCCUAGUUCAGAAGUGUUGCUGUUUGUUUCUGUUUUUUACCAGUGGCACUUAUCCUCUAUUUAUUCCCCUUAUAUGUUGAUUAGAUGUUUGUUAAUUGUAUCAAUAACUAGUUUUUAUAACAAGAUAUAAAAAAAAAACACACGCAACAAUGGCCCACUUUUCUCUUUAUAGGAUGUGAAAGAUUUUUCCACUGCUUGUCAGAGAUUUACUGUGUGAUAUGGUCACCACAAGAGAUGUAGUUUGUACUUUUUAGUGCGAUUAUAGGAAAUGUUUGGAAAUGUAUGGCUUUUCAGAAAAUUUCUAAAUAUUGUGUUUGUAUGGAGGAAGUUUAAAGUGCUCUGUCAAACAAGACCUCUGCUUUUUUUUUUAGACCUACUUUUAUGUCUUCACAAAACAUGCUUUCAGUCUGUUACAACUGAUACACUGAAACUAAUGAUAAAUUGGCAACCUUAAAUGUUAUUAAUGAAUACAUUUGAGAAAUAAGAUUACAGAAGAGAAACCUUUAUGGCACAAACUGUUAUUUGAUAUAACAGUUCGCAAUGAAGUACGUUUCAUUUGGUGGAUUUUCAUUAUUUACACUACAAGGUUCCAUUAGAUAACAACAUUGGUUAAAAUUAACUAACAAUGAACAAUCAUUUUACAGCAUUUAUUAAUCUUGGUUACUGUUAAUUUCAACAUAGUAAUAUGUUUUUUUUUUUUUUAUCAAAAAGUGUUUGUUAACAUUAGUUAAUGCAAUAUGAACCAACGAUGAACUAUUUUAUUUUUAUUAACUUGCCUUAAUAAAGAUUAUUAUAUUCUGUAAACAAUAUAUUUGUUGUUUGUCCAUCAUACCUAAUGCCUGCAUUCAUGUUAAUUAAUGGAACCUUAUUCUAAAAUUGUAAAAACAUUUUCUCUGUGUCUUUUGUUACUUCGUAUUGUAAAUGUUGAAGGGAUAGUUCGCCCAAAAAUGAAAAGUCUGUGAUCAUUUACUCACCCUCAAGUUGUUCCAAACCAGUAUGACUUUCUUGUGUGAAACAAAUGAUGUAAGUCAAAAUAUUAGGGACAGAUAGCCUCAGUCACCAUUCAAUUUCAUUGUAUGGCCAAAAAGCAGUGUUAACAAUGUCUAAAAAAUGUUCGCAUGUUCCUCAGAAGAAAAGCCAUAUGACUUUUGGACCACAUGAGUGUGGGUAAAUUAUGACAGAAAUUAAAUUUUUGGGUGAACAAUCUGUUUAAAAUGGUACUUUGUGUGAUAAAUGUAAUACAGUUAAAAAUACUGUAAUCCUCACUGGGAACAACAGGACAAAAAUCUAGACUAUGACAGAACAGCUGUAUAUUUUUCUUUUAAAGCAAGAUUUUUCCUCAAGUAUUGUGUGUUUGAUUGCACUGAAGCUUUGAGCUUAAUUUUAUUUGUUGUGGAGUUGCUCAGUUUUGUCCAAACAUAACCAUGAGGUCAUGAAUAAGCUUACAAACUCCUGUUUUUUUAUUUGUAGUUCACAGCUUUACACGAAUUUCAGAAUUGAGGAGUACAGCUGAUAUGGUUAUAAACAUAAGCCACUUAGAGUGCUGUAUAAUUAAUCAUUUAAGUUUUGGUCUAUAUGUAAAAGUAAGUCAAAGGGCUUUUUGACAGGAGCUUCAGGGUGUAAAUCCUGGUUAAGGAUCUGCUUUAAAAUCCAGGGCCCAUAUUAUUCAUAUGACAGCUUACAGGCCUGUGCGAAGAUGUAACUUUACUGUUCUUGCUACUGCUUUUUUGUUCUUUAUAAUUUUAGUGAGAGAAACAAUACACUUUUUGCUUUGGAGUGGAAAUAAUAAAUAAAGUGU